CCGGGGGCGCCGGUGCUGCUGUGAGUGCUGUGCGGGAGGAGGCGGGAGGAGAGGGGUUCCGCCACGUCCGCCCCUUCCGCCGCCUCCUGCCUUCUGCUCGGCGGAGAGGAGGCCGCCAUGCACCCCGUUUUCCAGAGCAGCCGGCGCGACUUCACCUUCGGGCCGUGGAAGCUGAGCGCCACCCGGACGCAUAUCAUGAAGUCGGCGCAGGCCGAGAGGUUGGCUGAUGAAUUACACAUGCCUUCCCUGCCAGAGAUGAUGUUUGGAGACAAUGUCCUAAGAAUACAGCAUGACCAUGGUUUUGGAAUUGAGUUCAAUGCUACAGAUGCUUUAAAAUGUGUCAAUAAUUGUCAAGGUAUGAUCAAAGUCGCUUGUGCAGAGGAGUGGCAAGAGAGCAGGAGUGAGACUGAGCACAGUAAGGAAGUUGUCAAGCCAUAUGACUGGACUUACACAACAGAUUACAAAGGAACUUUGCUGGGAGAUACUGCAACAUUAAAGGUUGUUCCUACAACAGAACACAUAAAUACAGAGAAAUUGAAAGCCAGGGAACAAAUUAUGUUUUUUGAAGAAGUACUCCUGUUUGAAGAUGAACUCCAUGAUCAUGGAGUAUCAAGUUUGAGUGUGAAAGUAAGAGUUAUGCCUUCCAGCUUUUUUGUGCUGCUGAGGUUCUUCUUGAGAGUGGAUGGGGUACUCAUCAGGAUGAAUGAUACAAGGCUUCAUCAUGAGGCUGACAAGACCUACAUGUUGCGAGAAUACACAUCCAGGGAAAGCAAAAUAUCAAGUCUAAAGAAUGUUCCACCUACCCUGUUCACGGAACCUAACGAGAUCUCUCAGUAUCUACCCAUAAAGGAGACGAUCUGUGAAAAACUAGAAUUCCCCGAGGAGCUGGAGCCUAAACCAGAAACAUCACUGGAAACCAUAUGUGCUAAGUCUAAAUAAAUGUGACUUUAUAAGGACUUGAAGUAUGGAGAUUAUGUGAUCACAGUUGUUGACAUGGGGGGUGUUUCACUACUAGUGGAAUGAAGAAUUUGGCUAAUUUUUCUGUAGCCAUAAGAGAAAACAUUUCAAGCAGAUUUUGCUAAUGGUGUUUUUGGUUUGGAUUUUUUUUUAACCUGUAUUUGUAGUUGAUGAUAGACGGGUGGUGAGUUACAGUUUUCAAUAGCAUUGGAGAAAUGACUAU